AAAAAGAUGAAACGAAAAAGUUUGUUUUUCUGGUACCAGUAUCCUCAACUUGAAUCUCAUAAUAACUAACAUAACAUAUUCACUGGGAUUAUAUAUUAUCCUCUCAUCUAAAUCCAAUAAUAUAAAUUGAAAUCGCUUUCUAUUUCUCUCUUAUCUUCUUCAUUCAUUCUUCUUCCACGUUCAAUCAGAAACCCUAAUUUCAUCGAACAUGAAGGGCCUCUUCAAGCCAAAGCCACGUACUCCUACUGAUAUUGUUCGUCAAACCAGAGAUCUUCUUCUCUUCUUUGAUCGUAACACCGAAUCACGCGAUUCCAAACGCGAAGAAAAACAAAUGACCGAGCUAUGUAAAAAUAUUAGGGAGCUAAAAUCAAUCCUUUACGGAAAUAGUGAAUCGGAGCCUGUCUCAGAAGCUUGUGCGCAAUUGACUCAGGAGUUCUUUAAGGAGAACACAUUGCGAUUGCUUAUCAAAUGUAUUCCUAAAUUGAAUUUGGAGGCCAGGAAAGAUGCCACUCAAGUUGUUGCGAAUUUACAAAGGCAACCGGUUCAGUCUAAGUUGAUCGCAUCUGAUUACCUGGAGAAUAAUAUGGAUCUUAUGGAUAUUUUGAUAGUUGGUUAUGAAAACACGGAUAUGGCUUUACACUACGGUGCGAUGCUGAGGGAGUGCAUAAGGCACCAGAUUGUUGCAAAAUAUGUUCUGAACUCACCUCAUAUGAAGAAGUUCUUUGAUUAUAUUCAACUUCCAAAUUUCGACAUUGCUGCAGAUGCUGCAGCUACUUUUAAGGAACUCAUGACACGACAUAAAUCUACUGUAGCUGAAUUCCUUUCUAAGAAUUACGAAUGGUUUUUUGCUGAUUAUAAUUCUAAGCUGUUGGAAUCUUCCAAUUAUAUCACAAGGCGCCUAGCUGUCAAGUUGCUGGGGGAUAUGUUACUCGAUCGUUCAAAUUCAGCCGUAAUGACACAAUAUGUGAGCUCAAGAGAAAACCUGAGGAUUUUGAUGAAUCUUUUAAGAGAGUCAAGCAAAAGCAUACAGAUCGAAGCAUUUCACGUUUUUAAGCUAUUUGCUGCUAACCAAAAUAAACCAGCUGAUAUUGUCAGCAUAUUCGUUGCAAACAAAAGUAAGAUGCUGAGACUAUUGGAUGAAUUCAAAAUCGAUAAAGAGGAUGAACAGUUUGAAGCUGACAAAGCUCAGGUGAUGGAGGAAAUUGCUUCUCUUGAAGCAUAAGGAUUAGCGUCCUUGAGUUGCAGACACUAUUAUACGACAAGUUGCAAUGUGGUAUUUUAUCUUAAUGAAUUCUGUAUUAUAAUAGCUACGUUAGUCGUCUAGAUGCAACAAUCAUUUUAUUCAGAUUUGAAUGUUUCCAUUCUGUAGUUCUGUCGCCUCACCGCCCUGUAAAAUAUUAGAUAAAUAAAUUGUUUAAACAAGCUACAUAUGGGUUUAUGGCUUUCCAUGUUUUAGAAAGGAAUAAACAUAUUCCUAGAUGCCAUGUACUUAUAAAAUGUUUGAGGUCAUAUGAUAAGCUGACCCUCAUAAAUUUAUUCAA